AACGAGCAACUCCUACGACCCAUUUAAUGCAUUGCCAGUGGACAAACGUGGCAAUGCUCAUUACAUACUGAGUCAAUACAAUGAAAUCUUCCUCCCUAAUAUGCCACCAUAUUACUCCGCGGUCCAGUCCUUUACAAGGGAGGACACUCUUCACUUCACAAUGUCAGAUCCAGCAGUUCUACAUGCAGUUCUAGGUCAGAUUGCCAUUAAUUUGGGAAUGUUCGCAGGGGGAAAGUCAAGUUCUGACUCGACGUAUCACCUUAGCCAAGCAAUCACUUUACUAAAUAAAAGAAUCUCAAAUUGUAAUCAUAAUGAUAUUUCGAAUGCAACGAUAUUCGCUGUUGGUUCUCUAGCGAAUUUGCAGAUCACGACCGGAUGCCUCAAUAGUCUUAAGAUCCACCUUGAUGGCCUCGAGGCUUUGGUCAAGCGCAGGGGUGGUAUUCACGCUCUGGUCGACCACCCCCUCAUCUUGAAAUUUACAUGUUGGGUUGAUAAUAUGUGUUCUAUUACACUGGGAUCCAAACCCCGGUUUGAGCUAGUCACUGCAACUCCAUAUCAGGAACCCUUGUAUCCGGAUUUUUACAGUACCACAGCUUUAAGAUAUAAGACCAAGCUGUCUAACCUCACAAACAUGGAGGAUCUCAGCCAAAAAACUAUUGAGGCAUACUAUCUUCUACGAUAUUUGGUUGACGAGAAAGACAAAUUAUACUGGAUCCCGCCUCCGCCAGGAACUAGAAUUACAAAAGAAGACUUUCAGCUGGGUACUGAUCAACUCAUGCGCCGACUUACUAACAUAGUCCAAUACGAAGUUCCAGAUUCCUCGAAGCCGAAUGCUCUGAUUUACGGGUUGUUUGGGAACGCAGCACUGACACAUUCUGUUGUGUUUGUUUGCAAACCCAGUCGAGUCGGCUCCCCAGUCCAACUGUCCGUGGAACGGAUACGGGCAAGUUUAGAAGUGAUCAAUAUACCAGCUUUUCAGAUCGCAUAUCCAGAAAUGAUGCUUUGGAUCAUCAUGGUAGGGGGAUUAGCAAGCAUUACGACUGUCCACCAGGAUUUUUUUAUCAAAAUUCUUGCGGACGCAUGUCUUGCUGUUGGGAUUAAUAAUCCAACUGAAGAACUGCCUGUUUUCUUAGCGGACUUCUUGUGGAGUGUCUUCUAUAUAAAUCCUGCGGCUAAAGGGUUCUGGGGUGACGUUGCCGCUGUACAGGCACAAGCUACCGGGGGUGAGAGAAGUUCGAGUGAGUGAGGGGGGAUUGAAACAAG